UCGAAACAGAAUUGAAGAUAAUGUAGACUCUUGAUUAAAGCCCCCUUGGCAUUGAGUGUCUUCAAUGUCACACUCUUACACUAAAGAGCCAGGCCAGGGCCAACACGUAGAGCUCUAGUGCUCGGAAUACAUGCUGUGGAAAAGAUGUCCUUGUGUUGUGCAGCGCAGCGUCCGGAAGUUUUGCAGAGCUGCCUUUGCGAUCAAUGAUCCCAAGGCGCUUCAAGAACUACAACAUGAGUUCGGGCGAUAUGAAGAAGCUCUUUGCCAAAACAACGUGAAGGAACUGGACCUUUUGUUCCACAAAAGCCCUGAGACCGUCCGCUAUGGAGUUUCGGAGAAUCUGUAUGGCUACGAGGCCAUCCAGGCCUUUCGCGGCGCGCGUGCUCCGCCGGGGCAGCGGGAGAUCUUGAGAUCGGCGUUGACCACCUAUGGAAGCGACCUGGGAGUGACUCACAUCGAGUUCCAGCGCGAUGGGAGUCGCAGAGUGGGUCGACAAACCCAGACAUGGCUUCGAACCGCUGAGGGAUGGAAAGUGAUUUCAGCACAUGUAUCCAUGAUGGAAGAAGCUACCUAGCUGGACCUAGCUGGACCUAGCUGGACCUAGAGUCGGUCCAAAGAGACCUGUGGCUUUGAUAACCAUUUUCGGGAA